UGUGCUACGCGGCGGGAACUUUUUGCACUCUCGUAACCAAAUACGUAGCCUGAACUUAUGUUAAAGUAACUUGUGAUUUUUUCUAAAGGACUAUUUAGUUGUAAAGUGUUGAGAUUAAAAAAAACAUCGGGGUAUUGUAUACUAUUUAAAAAUUUAAUCCGUUUAAAACAACUUGAAUAUGACUUAGAAACACUAAAAGGGAAGAAUAAAAAAUGGUCGAGUUAACUUUAAGCAACCUUUGAUUUGAGCAUUCAAAUUAAAAUACUAUGUAGUUUGUUAAUGUAACAAAAAUGACCAAUGUUGGAAAUGAGAGAUAAAGUGUCGUAGACAAUGCAUAGCUACCUUGAAGCGGUUAUUGUUACUACGGUACUGCAGAUUUUGUUUUCCUUCUCAGCCGUGAGCGGCGUCAGCUGGGAGGAAUGGUGGACCUACGACGGUAUUUCAGGGCCGGCUUUCUGGGGUCUGAUCAACCCGGAAUGGUCCCUGUGCAACAAAGGCCGGCGCCAGUCCCCCGUGAACCUCGAGCCGGAAAAGUUACUCUUCGACCCCAACCUUCGCUUUUUACACAUAGAUAAACACAGAAUAAACGGUCUGAUAAGCAACACUGGCCACUCGGUGAUAUUCACUGUGGAGAACGAGACGCGGCAUCACAUAAACAUCACGGGCGGUCCGCUCUCCUACAAGUAUCAAUUUCACGAGAUACAUAUUCAUUAUGGACUUCACGAUCAAUUCGGAUCCGAGCACGCCAUCAAUGGAUAUUCAUUUCCCGCCGAGAUACAAAUCUUCGGUUUCAACUCGCAGCUUUACUCAAACUUUUCGGAAGCUUUACAUAAAGCUCAAGGAAUCGUCUCAAUAUCAUUGUUGUUACAAUUGGGAGACCUAUCUAAUCCAGAACUUAGAAUAUUGACGGAAGAAUUAGAAAAUAUCAAAUAUGGCGGUGCUGAGAUGCCAGUGAACAGGUUAUCAGUACGCGGUCUGCUACCCGAUACGGACUACUACAUGACAUACGACGGGUCAACGACGGCACCCGCCUGCUUCGAGACCGUUACCUGGAUCAUUAUUAAUAAACCAAUAUAUAUUACUAAGCAACAGUUACACGGAUUACGUCGCUUGAUGCAAGGUGAUGCUCGUCACCCCAAGGCGCCGCUGGGUAAUAACUUCCGCCCCCCGCAGCCGCUGCACCACCGAGCGGUCAGGACCAACAUCGACUUCGACUUGAGCAAGUAUCCUGGAAAAACCUGUCCAAGUAUGCAUCGGGAUAUGCAUUAUAAAGCCAAAACUUGGACACAAUAUUAAUUAUGCGUAUGUAAUGUUUGCUAACAUAGUCUUGUAGACUUUAUUCAACGAUUUUGUAUGUACAGUACAGUUAUACAUAUGAAAUGUAUGUUAUAUGUACAUUGUCAAAUUUUUUUGCUUAUGAUAAAUGGAGCUGUUAAGUGUACUGUUAAGUAGAAAAAUGUAUAGAUAAUGUAUCCUUACUAUAAUGUAUAUCUAAAGAAUAUAAUUUUCUAGAACUAUAUAAGGUAUUGAAAUAGUAAAAAUGCCUCUUGUCGCGUAGUUUAUGUAUAUUUUCGGAUAGAUUACGCUAACUAUGUCUUACUGUCGAUAAAUGUAACAUUAUAUAAGAUUUUAAUUAAUGUUUGUAAAUAGAGAAUACCCAAUAACAUACAUACAUGUCAGCUAUAUAUCAUAUAUUCUAUUCCAUAUCUGUAACAUAUCAAUCAGUAUUGGCGUUCGUUGUUUGUUGUAUUUUCAUAAUAUAAUUCGUAUAAUUUUAUUAUAACGUUCGAUAAAUUGUUGACAUGAAAAUUGUUUAAUAUUCUACAAAAAUAUAGAUGAACUGUAUCCAUUAGCGUCAUUUAAUUUCUAACAAGGAUCCACAGCUUUAACUAAUCGGUAAAAAAAUCGCUUAAAAGUGGAACAGCUUGUACAUAAUAAAUGUCG